AUGUCAAAUCUAUCUUUUGAAGCCGAGGGUAGAUUUCUCUCGCUACGUGGACCAUAUGUUAACAGUCUCGGCACAAUAGAGCAUCCGCUAGUCACAAAGGAUCUUAGUGAUAAUCGGCGUAAAAGGGAUGGACCAACCGCAGGGUACCAUAUAACCGUCGUGAAUCAUCUUGAGAUUAAGUCCUUUUUACCAGAUACAGAACUCAAUGAGCGAGGUGAGGAAGUACAACUUUCCUUGUCCAAAAAAAAGAAGCUUUUCCGUAAACAUCAGAUGCAGCUAUUAAAGCAAGUUUAUGAAAAAUUCGGGAACGCUGAUCAUUGGGAAAAACCUCGAGAUCUUGGAUUAGGCAUUUGUAAAAAAGAUAAUGCUGUCAGUUAUUAUCGGGUGAUUUUCUGGCCGUUUGGACAAGAAAUUCGACGUUUCUUAGGGUUACCACCUUGCAAUUUCCAUAUCACUGUUGGUUUUACACCGCAAGAUAUUCAUUUGUACAAAGGACCUGGCUCAUUAUUGUGUCUACAAGGAAUUUCGCCAUGUUCAAAUAGGGAAUUGUGUACACUUAUCGACUUCCUGCCUUUUUACACAGAAGACUUUGAAUUUCUGAAGAAUCUCUAUUGGGUCUGCUGUAAAUACAGAUAUUACAUGGCAAUGGGUCACCUGAUUAAAGUUACUUUCAAAUGUAGGUUGACUUUGGCUGAUGUCUCCUUGGACUUUGUUUAA